AUGUCACAGAAGCCAUCAAAGCCGGCCACUGGGGCAGGCCUCAUAGCACAAGUAGGGACAACAAUAGCGCACGGAGUCAUCUCAUCCACCGUUGCAGCGGCCAAGCCCAGCUCCUCCAAGCCCAUUCCUCCGAUAAAACCCGCACCGUCUGGCCUUCCCCCUCCUCCGCCCCCUGGACAAGCCGGGUCCUCCAGCGCAGCAGCACCAGCGCAAAAACCAAGCCCGUCUAAAGCUCCUACUCCCCUACCACAAGCUAGCUCUUCCCAACCAGCCCCCGCACAGAAGCCAACGCAAGCUAAUCCUCCUCCCCCAACUAACCCCGCGUCUACUACCAAAAACAGCACGAGCUCUUCCCAGCCAGCCCCCGCCCAAAAGCCAACACAAGCCACUCAACCUCCUCCCGCAUCAAAGCCCACAUCUACCACCAAACCCAGCAAGGUCAAGGCAGUCGUCAAAACCGACUGCGUCAUAACCAGCAUCUGGCGCGUCCGCAACGUCGUUUCCGGCACUCCAUCCCCGCGCACCACCAUAAUUUCGCAGCUCGCCGAGAACCCCGUGGUAGCGAUGGGACUGCACUGGAACCUCAGCAACACACAAGCCGUAGGGGAAUCUUUGGCCAAAGGCGUAAACCCCGAAGAAAUCGAGACGCUGGUCAAAGUGUGGGAUCGGCAGCACUACGCAGAUUUCGUUGGCGACGACGAUGCGGUGGUGGAUGUGAAGACGUUGACGACGAAGGCGAAAGUGCCCACUGGUGUGGUGUUCGGGCUGGGGUACGCGGCGACGCCGAAUCAUUGUGUUACGGGCAAGAUAGAGAGCGGGGCGUUGCGCUUGACGGACUUUCAGGCGGAUCCGAAGGGCAAGGACGUUACGGCUGCUGUGAUGGGUAAGCCGUUGAUUUGCGUGUUCUGGUGGGAUAGGGGGAGUGCGGUGAAGAAGGUGCAGGAUCCGAUGGCUGCGCAUGGGUAUCAGUUUUGA